AUAACCGAGAAACAGGCUCUUUUCGUUUUGUGAAGUCAUUGGCAUUAUCGGAACAAAAGAGUGAGAUUGUGAGAAAGCAAAGCCAUCAAAACACCCCCGGUAAAGGAGUUUUGUUUCAUUUUGGGGGCCGAACUGAAGUUAACAGUGACAAAUAUGUCUCCUGUAGAUCCAAGUAAGAUUAAUAAAGUGGUCGUUCAUCCUCUUGUUCUAUUGAGUGUGGUUGACCACUUCAAUCGAAUGGGUAAAGUCGGGAACGUGAAGCGGGUUGUCGGAGUGCUGCUGGGAUCCAAUCGUCAAGGAAUACUGGAUGUCUCCAACAGUUUUGCUGUUCCUUUUGAUGAGGAUGACAAAGACAGAUCUGUUUGGUUUCUUGACCAUGAUUAUCUGGAAAACAUGUAUGGAAUGUUCAAGAAAGUAAAUGCAAAAGAAAGAAUUGUUGGUUGGUACCACACAGGACCCAAGCUUCAUCCUAACGAUAUUGCCAUUAAUGAAAUGAUCCGAAGAUACAACUCAAAUUCAAUUCUGGUGGUGAUUGAUGCCAAGCCCAAAGAGCUGGGUCUGCCCACAGAGGCCUACAUCUCUGUGGAAGAGGUGCACGAUGAUGGUACCCCCACUACCAAAACAUUUGAUCAUGUUCCAAGUGAAAUCGGUGCUGAAGAGGCUGAGGAGGUUGGAGUGGAACAUUUGCUGAGAGACAUCAAGGACACCACAGUGGGCACCCUCUCCCAACAGAUCACUGCCCAGCUCAUGGGCCUCAAGGGCCUGCACUCUCACAUGAACGACAUAAGCAGCUACCUGAAGAGUGUCGCUGAGGGUCGGCUGCCCAUCAAUCACCAGAUCAUCUAUCAGCUUCAGGAUGUCUUCAACUUGUUACCCGACGUGGGUGUACCGGAGCUGGUUCACUCCCUCACAGUGAGCACCAAUGAUCAGAUGAGCGUCGUCUACCUCGCCUCAUUAGUACGCUCCAUCAUGGCUCUGCACAACCUCAUCAACAACAAGGUACAAAAUCGUGAUGCUGAGAAAAAUGAAGGCAAAGAUUCCAGCAAGGAGAAGAAGGAUAAAGAGAAGGCUGAUGAGAAGUCAACUGGUGAAGGAGACAAGGACAAGAAAGAAGGUGCAAAGGACAAGAAAGAUGCUAAGGAUGCAAAAAAAUCUUAGUUUUCAGGGUCUUUGGUCGAUGUGUUUGUGAAUAUGAUUGUAAGUGACAUCCCAUACUUUGUUUUUUUAAAUAAUUAUUGAUUUCACAAUAUUAUUUAGACUUAUUUUGAUUAAUUUUCUUGAAAAUUGAUUGGUGCAAAAAGAGAUCUGUUUGGUACAUGUCUGUUUGUUGGGUAUAUGAAAUACUUCCUAAAUCACACUUAAAUUGAUGACAGGGGCAAAUGUGAUCUGUAUAAUUUUAUGAACUUCUUGCUUGCAAUGUUGUGAGAUUACACUCUUGUGUUUUUUGUCCAUGAAUCCAGGCACACGCUGGCUAAGUCUGAGGUGUCAAAAAUAAAUAAAAUGGGGAUUUUUUUAUUUUGGAAAAUUUUAGGCUACCCUACACUGCAUCAUGUGCAUAUCUAAAAAAGCAAAAGAAUUACUUGAGAAUAGCUCUCAGACUCUGUGAAACACUUUGCUUCCUGUUGGUGACUUGCAUCUCCAGUACAUACAUACCAAAAAUAAGAAAAGGAAGUAAAAUAUAAAGCAAUUGAAAUAUUUAUAGAGAUGUGAAUCAGACAGUCGUGUUUCCUGUGAAAUAAGCCUGUGUCAAAUUGGGACAGACACAUGGCUCGAGUUGUUUUACCUUAUAGGCACAGGUAAAGUCCAGUGGCUCAUUAUAAUGGCACUGAAAUCUCCUACCUGUCAGGGAAUGUUGUCAGGCUAGAAAUGUAUUGUAUUUUUGCUUUGGUCAGAUGGUCAGAGUCCAUUAGCAAAUAGCAGUGCUUGUCCUUUGGUUCCAUUUGAAAGAAUGACUGGAAUGGAUUGUCGUUUCAUUUUUCAGUAAACUUUUAUGAACGUUAUAAAAGUGAAUAAACUGUGAAAAUAUAGACUGCA